UCUGUAACUAACAUGCCAUCAUGUAACAGCAUCCGUCUCUACCGUCUCACCAUAGCAACCUCACAGGAACACGAGGAGCGCGUACAGGGUACCAGGCGAGGAGGACAGAACGGACGAGGGGAAAUUUUGCACUUUGAGAGAGACUUUGUGAUCCAGCACAUGAUGGACAGUAACUGAAUCUAAUGAGAGACCUCGUGUCCUGAGUAUCUGGGUGUGAUGGCGUAUGCUGGACCUGAGCUGCAGUGGAAGUGGAUCGAGCUGCAUGAUUCAGUAGCGUUACGUCCUGUAGAGAAGAAGAUCCACGCCGGGACCGCCUCUGGUGCCAGACCGAAGCUCUGGAGGCUUCACAGUCGUCCCCGAGCUCGGUACACCAGACUGGACGAGCGCAGGCUGCACUACGCUGCGUGGGACGGCAGCCUCGAGCGAGUGAGGGACCUGCUGGAGUACGGUGUGCCCGCUAACUGCCCGGACCCUCACGGCUUGACGGCGGGUCACCAUGCUGCCUUCAGAGGGCAUCUUAAAUUACUCAGCUUUCUGCUGCACAGUGGGCAGCUGGACGUGAACUGCUCGGACUUUUUCGGCUGCACCCCCCUGCACCGUUCCUGCAUGGAGGGCCAUACAGACGCCACCGAGUAUCUCCUUCAGAAAGGAGCAUCCCACGAGGUGCGCUCGAGCUCGGGCCAGACGCCCCUGCACCUGGCGGCGGCCGGCGGGCACCUGAGCACAGCGCGCGUGCUGAUGCAGCACCUGGCCGCGCCCGAUGUGCAGGACUCGCGCAGGUGGACGCCGCUGCAUUGGGCCGUUUUCGGAGGUUGGGGCGACGUGGCCGAACUGCUCCUGGACAACGGGGCUGAUGUGGAAGAGCCGAGUGGGGCGGUCGUGACUCCCCUGCAGCUGGCCGUGAUGGUGGGUAAUGAGGCGGCUGUAAGGCUCCUGCUUCAACGUGGUGCCGAUGCCAACCUCAGGGGGCCCAACGGGCAAACUGCACUGCACCUCUGCGCCUGCUCUGCUAAAAAAAAGAUACUGCAGCACUUGUUGGAAGCCGGGGCGAACGUGGGCAUCAGGAACAGGGAUCAGGCCGCUCCUCUGCAUCUGGCGGCCCUUGGCAGUUCCAGAGCGGUCCUUCACCUGCUCAUCCUGAAUGGAGCCGUUCUUGAGGACAGGGACAGCCUUCACAUGACCCCGCUGCAUUACACCACGCUGAGGGACAACGCCGAAGCCACGAAGCUCCUGCUGCACUACGGGGCGGAGGUGAACGCCUCGGAAAGCCUGGGGAGGACUGCGUUGCAUCUCUCUGCAGAAAGAGGGCACUGCAAGGUCCUGAGUGUUUUACUGGAGAGAGGUGCAGAUUCCUCCAUCAGGACCAAGUGGAGGGAGACAGCCGAGGACGUGGCUCGAACUCAUGAGCAGUUUGGGUCACUUCAGCUGCUCCAGGAACACAAUAAAACUUUAGGUCAUGAUGGUAUCUAGCGGUCAUUCUAUAAACUACGUGUUUCUAAUUAAUGUAAGUUUUAAAAAAUAGGUGAACAUUUAGUGAACCAGACAUUCUAGACGAUCAAUAUUAAAGGGGUUAACAGUAUUUGAAAUUAAAUAUAUAAUGUUUGUAUGGCUUUUUUGUUUUCUUUGUGUUGUUGAUGAUUUAUAAAGCAUUUGCACAAUUUGUAAAACUGUGAUGUAUUUAUUUAUGUAUAAUUGUAUACUAAAUAUCUAAAGUAUAUCAAUUUUUACAUUUAAUCACAAAAGAAACACAAUGUUGAAUAACUUUAAACAAAGUAAACAUACUUUUAAGCCAAUUUUUAAUGUUAGUGUUAGUGUCACAGCUCCAGUGACACCACUGCCAGGUUAAAUUUUAGUAGUCAAAUUCACAGGGCACUUAAAAACUAAUCAAUAUUUUAUAAAUGACAUUCAGAAAUCUUAAAUUUAGAGUUUUCAUGAUGAUUGAUUGUUUCUGAUCCACUUUGUACUGUUUAUAUUGAUAUUUAUUGUUUUGCUUUUAUCUUUGCACACAAGUUAUUAUGACUAUUGUGUUUUGUAAAUGUAAGGGCUGUUUUAUAUUGUAUUAUUGACCUAAUAUGAACUGAAUGUAAGAUUUGUUCUUAAAUUAAAUGAAAAUAC